AUGAGGUGUAAAGACGUCCGUGUUACAGCAAAAUACAUUUCACAGUUCUUGAUUGUUACAGCUCUAAGGGAUCCCAAAACGAAACUGAAGGGACGGCACAUCUGUGAGCAGAUUUGCAAAAAGCAGGAGCAGUGCAGUGGGGAUAGUUGGGACAUCGGGAUGAAGACUUUGGUGCCCUCUGACACAAAGUUCGUGGGCGGCACCCUAGCCUUCCUUGUGCGCCUUGGUCAAGGCUUUGAUGUUCCUUCUUUGGGAAAGGAAAUAGCGCGUACUAAACAGACUGCUGGGAAGUCUACAGGUGGCAAAGCGCCGCGUAAGCAGCUGGCUACUAAGGCAACCCGCAAAAGCGCUCCGGCCACCGGCUGCGUGAAGAAGCCCCAUCGCUACCGGCCCGGGACAGUGGCCCUCCGCGAGAUCCGCCGCUACCAGAAGUCCACCGAGCUGCUGAUCCGCAAGCUGCCGUUCCAGCGGCUGGUGCGGGAGAUCGCCCAAGACUUCAAGACCGACCUGCGCUUCCAGAGCUCUGCUGUGAUGACUCUGCAGGAGGCUUGUGAGGCCUACCUGGUGGGGCUAUUUGAGGACACUAACCUGUGUGCCAUCCAUGCUAAGCGUGUGACCAUCAUGCCUAAGGACGUCCAGCUUGCCCGCCGUAUUCGUGGGGAGAGGGCAUAAGUUGCUUUCCCCACGAGGUGCCAACCCUAGACUCAAAAGGCUCUUUUCAGAGCCAAUCAUCCUGUCUGAGGUUGCUGUACACUUGGC